CUCUCACAACUCAUAACCUGAGAUGAUGGGUAGUUAAUUAUCGUUACAUAUUAGUACAACUAAGAAAGACGAAAAUAUGAAGCAAAACAAGAAAACAUAAGAGGAAGAAAAUGGAAACAUGCGCGUUGAAAAAGCAGCAGCCAUGAUUGCGUAACCAACGAUUAGAAAGUAGCAGUAAACGUCAAUCAAAUUUUAUUAUUUUUCUAAAAUAAAUUAAAAACUAGAAUCUCUUUUUAUGGCGUCACCUUCACCUUCUUCAACUCUUCCAAAAGAAGAGGAAAAAGAAAGUUCAGCUCAACAAUCAAACGCCCAACCGGAAGCAAUGGCUCGUUCCUCUUCCACCAAAGAUCCUCCUCCGGCUCCUUCCUGGUUCACUCCCAAGCGGUUGUUGAUUAUAUUUUGUGUAAUUAACAUGAUAAAUUAUGUUGACCGAGGAGCGAUAGCUAGCAACGGUGUUAAUGGGAGUGCUAGGAGUUGUGAUGAUAAGGGAAUUUGCACUUCCGGUAGUGGAAUUCAGGGGGAAUUUCAAUUAACUAAUUUUGAAGAUGGUCUGUUAUCGUCUGCAUUCAUGGUUGGACUUCUCGUGGCAUCCCCAAUAUUUGCUUCCUUAGCAAAGAGCCACAACCCUUUUAGGCUUAUUGGAGUUGGAUUAUCUGUUUGGACCUUAGCUGCAGCUGGAUGUGGUAGUGCAUUUUCUUUUUGGUUUAUUGCAAUAUGCCGCAUGCUGGUUGGUGUUGGAGAAGCUUCUUUCAUAAGUCUUGCAGCUCCAUUUAUUGAUGACAACGCUCCUGCUUCUCAGAAAACAGCUUGGCUUGCGAUGUUUUAUAUGUGCAUACCUUCUGGAGUUGCUCUUGGAUAUGUUUAUGGUGGAUUUGUUGGGGGCCAUUUUAACUGGCGCUAUGCAUUCUGGGGAGAGGCCUUAUUGAUGCUUCCAUUUGCUGUUUUUGGCUUUGUCGUGAAACCUUUGCAGUUGAAAGGUUUUGCUCAUGUUGAAUCAAAGAAAGCAUUGACAUCUGUGGAGACAGUUUCUGCUGUAAAUGAUGAUUCAGAGGCAUCAAAAGUAGAUGGCCGUAUUUUGGUUGGAAGAGAUGGUAUUAGUGCAGAUGACUUGAACAUGCCUUGCAAGUCAGUAGGCAUAUGCAACAUACGGAAUCAGUUCUCUCGGUUUGCAAAAGAUAUGAAAGUGCUUUUGGUGGACAAAGUUUAUGUUAUAAAUGUUUUGGGUUACAUAGCAUACAACUUUGUCAUUGGAGCAUACUCAUAUUGGGGGCCAAAGGCUGGUUAUAAUAUCUAUCAUAUGAAGAGUGCAGAUAUGAUGUUUGGAGGGAUUACAAUUGUUUGUGGGAUUUUAGGAACAAUAUCUGGUGGCUUCAUCCUAGAUCGCAUGAGUGCUACAAUAUCUCAUGCUUUCAUUCUUCUUUCAGGUGCAACAUUUCUGGGUGCUAUAUUUUGCUUCCUUGCUUUCUGUCUCAGGAGCUUGUAUGGUUUCAUAGUUCUUUUUGCAGUGGGGGAAUUACUUGUUUUUGCAACACAGGCUCCAGUCAAUUAUGUGUGUCUCCAUUGUGUCAAACCAAGUUUGAGGCCAUUAUCUAUGGCCAUCUCUACUGUCUCAAUUCACAUCUUUGGUGAUGUGCCUUCCUCACCACUUGUUGGCGUUCUCCAGGAUCAUGUUAACAAUUGGAGGGAAACUGCACUUAUUCUGACCUCUAUUCUCUUUCUAGCUGCUGGAAUAUGGUUUAUAGGUGUUUUCCUACGCAGUGUCGACAAGUCUAAUGAUGAAAGUGAAAGCCAAGUCUCGGCAAACGCAGUAGCCAACAGGAAGCCAUUGCUUGAUGGAAAUGAAGAUGAGAGUCCUUGUGAAGUCUAAGUUCAGUCCUGCAUGCUCCCAAAUGUAAAUAAAAAUUUUAAUUUUCUGGCAAGAAGUUUGCUAAUUUAUAUAUUGGUUAGUUUUGUUGAGGCAGUCUCUGAAAUAAGUAGUUUUCUCGAGGCUAAGAAGUUUGGUGCUAUUUGCCCGAGUCUGACGUCAACAUCCGCGAAUGGUGAGAUUGAUUGCUUGUAAAGAAUCAUGUGAAGAUAGGUUUUCAAUUUAAAGGACGGGGAUACGUGACCAAAUUAAUGCUUUAGACUGUGACUUCUUUUUCUUUUUC